ACCGGAAGGAUGUCCGCGCCGCUUGCGGGGGUGUGCGUUGAGGGGCUGUCCCUGUUGUUUAUAAAAAGAACCUAAGACUUACACCCGUACCCCACCCCCCGGGGUUCAGGUGGUCCUGGCAUAUGCCGUGGGGCCCGAGAAGCUAGGAUCAGGUAUUCCAGGCAUGCAGGGAGUCUGCAGAUCCGACGUGUGACCUGGUUCCCCAAGUUCCCGGCUGUUUUGAGGCUGGAGCCGUCGCCCGGCCUUUGCACGGGGAUCACCCUCCGGAAGGGCUGUGGGCAGGAAUGUGAGGCCUCUCCCUCUUCUCCCAGGCCGACUCGGGAUACCCCGGAGCCCCCGGGGAGGCAGCCGAGGCGGCGGCCACGCUGACGUCCCAGGAGACCGGCCCUGAGCCUAGGCAGGCCAUGAAGAGCGAUCCCUCGAUCUCCGCGGCCCCCCUCCGGGGUCUCGGGGGACCCCUCCGGAGCAGCGAGCCGGUGCGUACCGCCCUGGCGCCGCCGCCCGCCGUGGCCCUGCUGGAGGAGGCGGCCGACCUCCUGGUCGUGCACCUGGACUUCCCCGCGGCGCUGGAGACGUGCGAGCGGGCCUGGCGCGGCCUGGCCUCUGGGGUCCAGGCCGAGGAACUCGCGGGCACCUCCUCGGAGGUGAAGUGCUCCCUGUGUGUUGUGGGGCUCCAGGCCCUGGCGGAAAUGGACCGGUGGCGGGAAGUCCUUUCCUGGGUCCUUCAGUAUUACCAGGUUCCUGAAAAGCUACCCCCCAAAGUCUUGGAGCUGUGUGUUCUCUUAUACAGUAAGAUGCAAGAGCCUGGAGCAGUGCUGGAUGUGGUCAGUGCCUGGCUCAGAGACCCGGACAAUCAGGGCCUUCCAGAAUACAGAGCCUUGGCCGAUCUUCACCUGCAGCGGGUGCUGCUGCCUCUGGGCCGCUUGUCGGAGGCUGAGGAGCUCGUGGGGGGCUCAGCGGCCUUUGGUGAGGAGCAGCGGCUGGUUGCCCUCCAGGCCAUUCACACAGUGAGGCAGCAGCAGGCACAGGAACCUGUGGGCUCGGAGGAGGCCCAGAAGCUCAACCAGGCAGGUUCCUUCUCCCAGAAGUUCCUGUCCCUGCUGCUACUGCUUCGCCGGCUUUGGGACUCUGCAGUGAGCCACUUCUUUUCUCUGCCCUUCAAAAAGAGUCUCCUGGCUGCCCUGAUCCUCUGCCUCUUGGUGGUGAGGUUCGAUCCGGCCUCUCCUUCUUCCCUACCCUUCAUCUACAAGCUGGCUCAGAUCUUCCAUCGGAUCCGGGAGGCCGUAUUUCCUCCCCUCUGCCGGCUCCCCAUCCGUGACUGAGUGGUCUUCCUGGUUCACCGUGACCUCCCCACUCCCCACGUCUGCUGGGACACGGUGGCCCAUUUCCCCUUGCUGGCUGGGCCCCUGUGGGAGUGGGGCCAGCCUAAUUCAAGAAAGAGCCGAUCCAGUUGGAUGAACU